CGUCCCAAGAGUCGGUCGCACAAGAUUUAUUUUCUUCUCUCGGGCUUUAUCUUUAUAUCAGUAAAAUCUAAAAAAUGCAUUGAAAGUGAAAUUUUCGGAAAAUCAUAGUGAAGUGUAUUUUGUUUUAUUGUGUUUCUCGAGAACAAGGUUCUGCUGCUAGUGCCUUAAUUACGUGCGCGAUUUUCGAUAAUCGCCGACCAUGAUAGCAACCAGCAGAAAAAAGAGCCCGCGAAUGCUGCUCGCAGUGCUCGUCCUGGUGGCGACCUUGGGCGUGACUGUCGUCGACAGUCAAGCUUCCUCACAGUUGACCUGUCCGGGGAAAACGACCUGCCGGGAGUGCAUUCAGACGAGCAAUUGUCGCUGGUGCACCCAGGCGAACUUUACGAAACCACGAUGCCACGGUCACGACAUUGGUUACUGCCCGGAGGAGUACACGGUCGAUCCCAGCAACGAAGCUAUCACGUUGAUAGCGCGGGAAUUGAGUAAACCAUCGAAGGGAGGCGUAGCGAUUGCCGGCGGUGGCUAUGAAGCGGAGAUGUCCAGUAGCUCACAUUGGUCCUCGCACUCCAGUUCCAGCUCCCACUCGUCAUCCUCCUCAUCGUCUUCGUCGUCGUCCUCAAGUUCAAGCGCCAGUGGACAGAGCAUCGUGCAGAUUUACCCACAGCGUGUGCAGCUGAAGUUAAGAUUAAACGAAGUGUAUCGAUUAGGGGUGAAGUACUCCCAAGCCGAGGAUUAUCCAGUGGAUCUGUACUACUUGAUGGAUCUCUCCAAAUCUAUGGAGGACGACAAGGAGAAGCUAUCUUCGCUCGGGGCCCAGCUGGCCGACGAAAUGAGAAGCAUUACGAACAACUUCCGCCUCGGAUUUGGCUCUUUCGUCGACAAAGUGCUGAUGCCAUACGUGUCCACCGUUCCCAAGAAUUUACGUGAACCCUGUCCUCAGUGCGCGGCCCCGUAUGGUUACCACAAUCUCAUGCCCCUCAGUACGGAUACGUAUCGGUUCACAGAGGAGGUCCAGCGGGCGGCUGUCUCCGGCAAUCUGGACGCACCGGAGGGUGGCUUCGAUGCGAUCAUGCAGGCGGUGGUGUGCCGGGAUCAGAUCGGUUGGCGCGAGAUGGCCCGUCGGCUGCUGGUUUUCUCAACCGAUGCCGGGUUCCACUACGCGGGCGACGGAAAGCUGGGCGGUGUAAUCACACCGAACGACGGCGACUGUCACCUGGACAAGACCGGUCGGUACACCCACUCGACGAUCCAGGACUACCCGAGCAUCUCGCAGAUCAAUCUGAAGGUGAAACAGAACGCGAUCAACGUGAUCUUCGCGGUGACUCAGAACGAGCUGUCGGUGUACGAGCGGCUGUCGAAGCUGGUGGAGGGUUCCUCGGCGGCGAUGCUGUCCAACGACUCGUCGAAUAUUGUGUCGCUGGUGCGGGAUGAGUACAAUAAAAUCUCCUCCUCGGUGGAAAUGAAGGACAACCGAACGGACAGUCUGAUCGACGUCAAGUACUAUUCCCGCUGUAAGGGCGAUGGACCGCUGGUCCAGACGAGCAAAUGCGACGGCCUUAAGGUGGGCGACAUUGUCCAGUUCGAGGCACACAUCACCCUGUUGAAGUGUCCGGAGAACCCACGCGACUGGAAUCAGGUGCUGCAGAUCUACCCGGUCGGUAUCAACGAGAGUCUGACGGUGGACAUCGAGAUGCUGUGCAGCUGUCCGUGCGAGCUGCCGGGCAAUCCGGACUACAAGGAGUACGCGCCGGAGUGUAGCAACGUGGGUACGUACAAGUGUGGCGUUUGUGAUUGCGACGAGUUCCACCAUGGACACAAGUGCGAAUGCUCGGCGACGGAUAUCCACACCGAGGCUGGUUUCGCGGAUGCCUGUCGGCAGACGAACACCUCGAUCGAGUGUAGCGGGCGGGGGCAGUGCGUGUGCGGAGUGUGCGAUUGUGACAAGCGAUUCAACCCCGAAGAGGUGAUCUCGGGUAAGUUCUGCGAGUGCGACAACUUCUCGUGCGAUCGCCACAAUGGACUGCUCUGUUCGGGACCGAAGCAGGGUACUUGCUCGUGCGGAGAGUGUAUCUGCGCCGAGGGAUGGACCGGAGCGGCUUGCGAUUGUAAGGCUACGAAUGAAGGCUGUAUUCCGCCGAGUGGUGGUGAGAUUUGCUCCGGUCAUGGCACUUGCGAGUGCGGCAGUUGCAGGUGCAAGACAACGGAGGAAGGUCGAUACUCGGGCAGAUUUUGUGAGAAGUGUCCCACAUGCUCGGGUCGGUGCAACGAGUUCAAGCACUGCGUCCAGUGCCAACAGUACAAGACCGGUCCACUGGCUGACCCAGCGGAUUGUGCGGCAAACUGUACCCUUUUCACGCCCAUUCCCGUCCAGAAGGUGGAGGUUGACGAGGAAAAGGACGACAACAAGUGCACCUUCUUCGAUGAGGACGACUGUCGGUACGAGUUUUCCUACAACGAUAGUGGCGAACAGGUCGUUGUGAAGGCCCAAGAAGAGCGCGAGUGUCCGCCGAAGGUUUUCAUGUUGGGCAUUGUCCUGGCGGUGAUCGCGGCCGUCGUACUUAUCGGUCUGGCCGUGCUGCUGCUGUGGAAGCUGCUGACAACUAUCCACGACCGGCGGGAAUUUGCUCGCUUCGAAAAGGAGCGCAUGAUGGCCAAAUGGGAUACGGGCGAGAAUCCGAUCUACAAACAGGCCACGACUACGUUCAAGAAUCCAACCUAUGCUGGGAAGUAGAAUGGCUUCACCGGAAUGCCAAACGUAACGCAAGUGCCUAAAGUUUUUCUCUUGAUUAGGGGGCCAAUUUUGGUUGCCCCAAUGUUUGGAACAUAUUUGCCAAGUAUUUUUGCAUUUUUUGUGAGAGCUGACUCCAGCCGGGAUCCCCGCCCAACUGUCGCACGCAUAUACUAGUCCUCGAUCUUUCCUUAUAUCUGUCAUCCACGAAUAUGUGGGUUUUUUUGAAUAGACAAUUGUUGCGGGGGUUGUAAGUCAUUCUCUCGCAAAAAAAUUGUCGACGGACAAUUUGAUUGUGAUCUCGCGAUCACUGGAAAAAAAUAACGACAUUUGGUAUAAAUUGGACAUUUUAGCCUUUGGAUGUUUGAACAUAAGAAAAAAAAGCGCACACGCAUAUUGUUGUGGUAGAAACUUUAGACUUUACAUAAAUAUCAUAACAAAAUGCUAGUAAACGAAAAAACAAAAGCUAUAUAAAUCAGCAACUGACGAAUGCAAGUGUGUGGAGUAAAGUUUAGUGGAUAGCCCUGCCUGAGCAAUAUUUAGGUUAAAUAUGCGUUUUCUGCCAUUUUUUUUCGUUUAGUUUAAAUGGGAAAGAUUGUUUUUGUACUUAGUGAUGUAAGUUUAAAGUUUGGGCUUCGAACAGCACCGAAAACGAACAGGUGUUCGAUUUGAAUUGAGGGGCGAAGCAAUUUUCCUCCUCAAAGUUAUACUUUUAAAAACGUCGUGUAUUAACAGAAACUUAAUGUGUCUUUUUUUUCUCUCUGAGUUAAGAGUAAUAAUUUAUUUCGGCUAACAUUGGACAACCAAAACAUAUUAGCUUGUUAUCAAUGUGGUUAACACACUUUCAUUCAUGAGCGUAUUUCAUUUUAUAGUUCGAACAUGUAAAUAUACUUUUUUUAACUUUAGAUUUCAUUUCAACACGGUAUUAACAAGCAAAUAGACAAACAAAAAGAAGAAACGAUAUCUAAUAUAUAGAAAAAGUGCUAACGAGAAACAA